AUGGGAGCCUCAAAGAAACCAGCCGCGGCUGGUCUCACCUCCAAGGCUGAGAGAGAGGCCGACCUGGUGAUGGGAACUAACAAUAGCAGUAUUGUGUCCAAACGAAGCGUCGAAUUACUAUACUACCCUAAGCCCCAUUUCUUUCGCUAUUUCGUGAAAAAGCCCCAGAGACGAUCGCCUUUGAUAAACCGUGGAUACUGGCUUCGUAUGCAUGCUAUGGAAGAGACUGUUCGACAGUUCAUGAGCCAGCCGUCAGACAAGCCCAAAUUCGUCUUGAAUCUUGGAUGUGGAUUUGAUCCAUUACCGUUUAUACUCCUGAGUGCCGAUAAGUCCUUGUGUAGUACCACGCAGUUCGUGGACAUCGACUAUGAAAAGCUCAUGAUCAAUAAGAAGACGGCCAUUCGUCGAACCGAUGAGAUCACACAGCUUCUCGAAAAUGUAGAGUUCCUGUCAGAUGAGAGCCCGAUCCAGAUUCGCAGUGAAAAAUACAUAGGCGUUGGUUGUGAUUUGAAGAACCUCAAGAAGCUGGAUGAUGUGCUGAGAACAGAGGUUCUCCCUUCAGAAUGCUCAAUUCUGUUCCUGGCAGAGGUCUCUCUGACCUACAUGGAUGUCAAGUCCGCUAAUGCAGUGCUGGACUGGGCCUCGAAACUCAAUGAUGAUGCUAAAUUCUGCAUACUGGAGCAAUUUUUCCCAGACGGACCAAACCAUCCUUUCGCUUCGACCAUGAUGAAGCAUUUCAAUAAACUCGGAGCACCUCUGUACUCUAUCCAUGAAUACCCUUCGCUUAGUGAGCAGGAACAGCGAUUCAGGAAUGCUGGAUGGAAGCACGCGCACGCCAGGAGUCUCUGGGAUCUCUGGUCUGAUGACGAGUUUGUUGGCACAUCGCGCAGAGCGUGGCUGGACUCAGUGGAACCGUUCGAUGAAUGGGAAGAGUUCGCGUUGUUCGCUUCACAUUAUUUUUUACUUAUCGCUUCUACUAAGCCACAGUCUGCAGAUCAAGAUCCAGCACAGGCACCAGUAUCUGCUGCGGAUACAGAUGCGUCUUUCCAAUAUAUGUUGCUCCCAAGCAGCAGCCAGGGUGCGGGCCACAGACGAUUCGGUGCCCUUAUCCCGGACAGCGAGAAGUCUAUCGGCCACCACUCAGGCCUGUGUCAGCAGACGCGUGACGCAUCCACCGAUCUUUACACCAAGUCAAGGGAGAUAACCAGCCCCGAACUCCCUUUUCCAUCGCGGGAGGUCUCCGCGCGGAUGUGCCAUACUGUGACUAGCCUGGGCGAUGCUGACUGUCUGCUCGUUGGUGGGCGAGCGUCACCAGCCUCUGGUUUUCAGGAUUGUUGGCUGCGACAAGGGAGUCAGUGGCGCUCAGUCCAAAAUCUUCCAGCCCCCCGGUUUCGGCACAGCGCUGUCAAGCUCUCUCUCGACAGUGACUCUGAAGUUGUUCUCGUCUACGGCGGAAAAUCUAGCGAUGGCUCGAUCUUCGAUAAUUGGUUGAUGUGGCGCAAAGACGGCGCCGGAUGGCAGGAAAUUGAGACUCAGGGCUCGAAACCUACUGCUCGAUUCGGAGCAUGUCUAGCCACCAUCAACGAUACCACAGGCGUUCUGUUUGGAGGUAUCGGACCAUCUGGAAACAUCCUUGAGGACUUCUGGACAUGGAAGAUGCAUCAACGGGAUGACGGAUCUAUCUAUGUAGAGCUGAUCGAGCACACGGAUGGUCUGCGGAGAACGUCUCCUCUGUGCGAGUAUAUCUAUCGAUUCGGAGCGACAAUCACCAUGACCUCAUGGGGAUUGGUCAUAGCCGGUGGAAUCAUUCCUCGACAUGUUGUUCCUUACAGGAAGGAGAUUAUGUUACUUGAUUCGACGACGCUGCUCAAAGAUCUGAACGACAAGUCGCCUUGGAGUCAAAAUAUCGUGUCUGCAAUUGGGCUCGGGGAUGACCUGAGAGGCCCAAGACCAUUGCUGGUUGGUCACGCCUCCUGCGCCGUUGAACCAGGUCAAGUCCUCAUGCUGGGUGGCGGCGCAGUCUGCUUCUCCUUCGGGACGUUCUGGACUGAAGGGAGCUGGAUCCUGCAAUCUGCAGCCUCGGCCUGUGCGAAUGACUGGGCACUGGUCCCGGAAACUGUGCAAGCAAAGAAACCCGUUGUACCGCAGGUGACGCCACAUAUCGCAAACUGCAGCGCUACUAAGGAGAUCCCUUCAAUCCCUCGCCGUCGGGUCGAAAACCCCGAGCAAUUCCAACAAAUUCUAGCUGAUGGAAGACCUGUGAUUAUCGAAGGCUCAGACAUCGGACCCUGCACCGAGCGGUGGACGAAAGAAUACUUGACUGAGGCUGUUGGCAGUGACCGCAAGGUCAUUGUUCAUGAGGCCCAAUCAGACAAUAUGGACUUCCAAUCCAAGAAUUUCUCCUAUGUAACCAAACCCUUUGGGGAGUUUCUGAACCAAGUUCAUGCUGGUGGCCGGCAGUAUCUCCGUAGCAUUUCAUCUGAACAGCCUUCUAAGCUGCCUGCCAAUCUCGCAGUUGAUUUUCCAGGCUUGAAGGAUGAUUUCCAGCUCUCAGAGGCACUGUCAUUGGUGACCGAAAACGCGCAUAGUUCUCCGUUGAGGAUAUCGGGCCCGGUCACCAUGUGGCUCCAUUACGAUGUAAUGGCAAACGUAUUGUGCCAGAUACGAGGUAAGAGGAGACUUGUGCUGUUUCCUCCUCGCGAUGUGCAGUAUCUACAGAUUCCUCCUGGAGGCUCGAGCUCCACCAUCAAUGUAUUUCCGAACAUGGAAGAUGGCUCGAUCAUCUCGAUUCCACACACGUCGCCGCAAGAAACCGUCUUGAACAGCGGCGAUAUUUUGUUCAUUCCACCGAUGUGGCUGCAUACCGCAUCUCCAAUUGGAGAAGUUAGUGUUGCAGUAAACGUCUUUUUCCGCAAUCUCUCCAAGGGAUAUGCAGCGGGUCGCGACGUGUACGGCAACCGCGACCUGCAGGCGUAUGAGAAAGCAAGAGCCGAUCUUCAGAAAAUGGUUAAAUCAUUUGAUGGUCUUCCGGCUGAUGUUGCCGGCUUCUAUCUCUCUCGACUCGCACAAGAAUUGAAGGAAAGUGCCGAAGUAUGA